AUGGCGCAUGAGCCGCAUGAGGCCGACCCGACGUCUCUGAAGGGCAUGCUGCUGGAGCAUUUGGCUUCUGUCGGACUUGGUCAGCAGGCUCUCGAGGAAGUUACGAGGGCUCUACAAGCCUCGGAGGAAUCCGCGCUGACAUCAAAUCUGACAAGGGUGUACAAGUGUGCGAUGGAGGGCCAGCUUUGUGUUCGCGCGUCCUUGCUGAGUGGACGUGAAUGCUCCGUUUUGGUAAGCCCUUGGACUACCGUUGCACAAGCUCAAGCCCUGCUGACAUCUGAACUGGGUGUUAGCAACGAGGGUUAUAGGUUGGCAAGUGCCAAGCAGGCUUUGUAUGAGGAGGAUUUUAUCGGGAUGCACUUCUCACCGACAAGUCCCCCCCUGUCGCUUGUCCGCGAGGAGGAGACCUUAGCAGCACUCGAAGCCAGACUUGCACGAUGCUCCCCGACCGUUCGAAAGCAGGUCAUCGGCGAGAUGCUCUACCCCAAGAUUGCCGAAGUACAGCCGAAGCUCGCAGGAAAAAUCACGGGCAUGGUACUAGAGAUGACCGAUUCUGAGUUGAUAGUACUACUUCGCUCUCACCAACGGCUUCUUUCCACUGUGGACGAAGCCUUGAGAGUUCUGCACGCGGCGCGAUUGGAUUAG